AUGUUUUUGGCUCCUCCCAGACAGCUAAGUAAAACAUUCCAGCCCACCUCUGGGAAUCUGCUGGCUGCUCCACACACUCCCACUGAACUCCAGUCAAUUUUACAGGAGCUAAAGAGACUGAGCUGAAACAAAAUGAGAGGACUUGUUGUCUUGGUUACUUUGGCCUGCUUUGCCACCGCUCAGCACCAAGCACUGAUUGACUAUUUGGAGCGGAGGCUGCUUGCUAUUGAGGACCGGAUCUCUCUAUGGCACGAACAGACCACCCGCUACGCCUCAGAGCUGCGGGAGCUGAAGCAACAAAUGGUUUCCCAGCUGGAGAACCUGGACAAAGAGAAAGAGGCUCUGCGAAUGAAUCUGGACAGUGUGGGGACGAGGGUGGACCGGGUUGAGCGUGAGCUGGACUACCUGGAGACUCAGAACGGGGCUCAGCCGUGUGUGGAUGUGGACGACAAGCUGAUAGAACAGCAGGUGACUCUGUUGACGGAGAAGCAGAAGGCCAAAUAUUCAAAACUCUCAGACUGCAGCCACAUGAUCUCCAGUAUAAAAGCCAUGAAGAUCUUGAAGCGAGUUGGAGGGUCGAAGGGCUCGUGGAGCAAAGACAUCAGCAGAGGCUCUGGGAAGGUCUACAUUUUUAAUGGGACAGAUGACGAAACCAUCCAUGAGUUUUCCUCUGUGCAAGACUUCGCCCGCUCGCUCGGCAUGUCUCUGUCCAAGACCCUGAAGCUGCCGUCAGCCUGGAAGGGAACAGGACAUGUCAUCUACAACAAUCACGCCUAUUAUAUAAAUCAGGUUGAAGAGGUAGUUGUGGUUAAAUAUGACAUGAAGAACAAGUCUCUGACGGACAGCGCAGUGUUUCCUGUCCAGGACCAUGUCCCAGUGUACAGCCUGAACCCUGAGACAGUGAUGGACCUGGCUGUGGAUGAGGAAGGCCUGUGGGCCAUUUAUGCCACACGGCAGAAUGAGAGGCACAUCUCUCUGGCUAAAAUGGACGCCAACUCACUGGACAUUGAGCAUAUGUGGGACACAAACUGUCCCAGAGAGAACGCAGAGGCGGCCUUUGUCAUCUGUGGCACUCUGUAUGUGGUGUACAACACCAAGCAGCCCGGUCGCUCACGUGUGCAGUGUGUGUUUGACGUCAAUGACAUGGUGACCAACGAAAACGCACCACUGGUUUACUUUCCAAAACGCUACGGAGCUCAUUCCAGUCUGAAGUACAACCCACGGGAGCAGCUGCUCUAUGCCUGGGAUGAUGGCUACCAGAUCCUGUACAAGCUCAUCAUGAAAAAGAAACUAGAAAUUUGAGCCAUCCUCCCAAAGCUCCAACUAACCCAUCCACCAACCCUUAAAGGACUAUAUCAGUUUUUUUGCAAGUUUUAGCUCCUUACAGAUCAUGUAUAUUUAAUAUAACCGGUGAGCAUUUUACGAGCGGUGAUUGAUAAUUUCGUGGCCUAAUGUAGAAGGAGAUGCGUUAUACAGCUCUCGUUGCAAGCAUGUGCAGUUCAACUCUUUGAGGGACUAUGCAUAAAAAUUUGAACUUAGUAACUUUUGUGGUAAUUGAAAGUUACCAUUGACAAGAUGUUGACGGGAUCCAUAUGCUCCACGACCGCUGGAAUAAGUGUGUAAAUGUAGGUGGGGAGUUUGUUGAAAAACAAUUGUGCUAGCUUUUCUAAAAUUGACACCUUUUACCUUAAACCACGAACUUAUCAAUCACCCCUCGUAUAAUGUAAUGCUGUGGGUUUUUUGUUACUUGUAAGGCAGCCAGUAGUUUUGGUCGUAUACUAUUGCAACUUGUGAGAAAUGUAUAAUCACAGUAAAAAUCAAGUCCACUUUUUUUUUGUUGUAGUAAAUAGGGUAAAAAUGCGAAAUUACUGGUAUGUUCUUUGAUGAUCAGAAAAGGUUUAAAUGUGCUGAAUUGUCCUUUCACACAUUUUCAGAUCUGAACAUUAGACAUAUUUCCAGAUCUGAGGCACAGUGUGUCAUGGUUGCCAACAUCUUAUUUCUAAUCAGUCACUGCACUACACUUCCAUCUUUACAGUCCUCUCUGUGUCUACUGGUGGUUCGACUUGAAUAGAUUUACUGUACUUACCUGUGAUCUCUUGUGCUACUGUCAGUUUCUAAAAUUGUUCGAAGCGCUUUUCUUUUUGUUCACGCCAAUAUUUCACAUCAUGCUUAUAAAUCAGUACAAUACACUUUACCACUCACUUUGCUGACACUUUGCUGUCCGAAUAAAUUGUGACAGCUUAAAUCUUGGUAGCCUCGCUGAGUGCAUAAAAGAGUGCAUAUAACCACUCCCGUUUGUCAUUUCCAUAUUAAUCAGAUUCAUUGUACCUUAGUCCUGUCACCCACUGGUCAUGUGCACCCUCUUGCAAUUGUUCACCCCCAGGGGAAGACACUGAGUUUGAGAACCAUGGCUUUAUGGGGAGUAAAAGACAAAGGUAACAGUUAGUAUAGCACCCAUAAUAAGUCAGGCUAAAUAAAGGCGUUAGUGUCGCUGAGCAAGUCAAUAUAUAACAUUUAUUAUAUUCAAUAAAAAGUCAAGCUUAGUUCAGAAGGUAGCAUCGCAAAUAAACAUUAUCUUUCAUUGAAUUUCAUUUUGCAGCUUUAUUAAUUUAACAGUUUCAACAAAUUUCAAGUGUUUGGAAAACCAGCAACUAUCAUCAUCAAAAUAGCUGCGGUGUUGUCACUUCCAAAGCAGCCACAACAAUGUUGUCACAAAUGCAAGAAACAGCUAGCUGGCUAGCACUAAUAUAUUUCUCUCUUAAUGCCUCAUGUGUACUUUUCUCACAAGUCCUGCAUAUAUGUAUUUUGUGGUGUUCACUUUUUACUAAAUGCUAUCACCAAAAUUAACAAAGAGCUCCACUAUUUGAAUUAUGCCUCUCAUAUAAUGCAAUUGUUUAUUACUAAUUUAUAUCUGAGAAAAACACCUGUUUCUUACUGUUUGCUUAUAAUAAUGCUAAUGUUCCCACAAUUUCUAAUUAUUGUUCAUUAAGAAAAUAAAUGGCAAACUGCACCUGUUAAAGCAAAGAGUCUCUUUCUACGUACAGUAUGUAGAGAUACAAACAUAUUUAAGCCACUGUAGGAUCUGAACAUUUAAGACUUUUUCUGUUUUCUCUGUUGCUAUACCACUUUUUUUUUUUUUUAAUUUCACCCUGGU